UUUUGCUGUGGUUUCAGCAAUUACUAAGGAGGUUUUGCCCACAACCUUAAUUGCAUGUCUUUUUCAAGCAUUAUACAAUGCAGACCGGUGUUUAAAAAGCUUUUAUCAGAAAAUUGAUGUAUUCAAACAUCUAAAGAUUGAGAAUCCUCAACAAUUUUACCCAUAUCCUCAUAAAUACAUCACAAAUGAUGAUGUAGCAAGAUAUAAUGCUAAAGCACACCAUCUUUGUGCUGAGAAAAACCUUGCACCAAAACUUUUUUGUGUCAGCAACAUCAAUUUGGGAGGAUGGUACACGAUUGUAAUGAAAUAUAUUAAUGGUGAAACAUUGCAGACUGCAAACAUUACAAAAGAGGAAUAUAAUGAUGUUUUAAAAAAUAUUCAAGAGGCCAUUGACACUUCACACACUAGUGAUAUUGUUUUUGAUGGAAAGUUACAAGUAAAGCUUAUAGACUUUGACUGGGCUGGAAUACAUCAAAAAGAUCAUUAUACACCUAUAAUGAAUCCAGAAAUUAAUUGGGCAAGUGGGGCUGAAGGAAAUGCUUUAAUGCACAAAGAUCAUGAUUUAUACUGGCUAGAGAUAUUAAAAAAAAAUAUGAAUAUUAAGUUGUUAAAAUUUUUUAUGUUAAUCAUUUUACAAUAUUAG